AGAUAAAAGCAAGAAGACGUACACUACAGAGGUCUUCCUGAAGCCCUAUAUUUCUGUCAGAGGUCAACUGCAGCGCGGCUUUAAUGACAGAUAAAUGAAGGCAGUAUUUUUCUUUUCACAGUAAAUAACGGCUUGGUUAAUGCGCUACUUGUUAGGUGGAGUCAUAGGGACGCAUUGUGGAGGCGGAACUGAACGUAUAAUAAGGCGCUUUAGCUCUCUUGAUGAGCGUGUCACUUGCAGAACAACGAGGGAGGUGAUUAAAAUGUUUUGACUUUCGUUUUUAGUCCUAGUGAUUAUUAUUAUUAGUCUACAUAUUACUUCAGCACUACCAACGCUACACCGCUAAAAUGCCUUACUGUGUUUGAUUAACAUUGAGACGGGCGUCGUGUGAUUUCCUUUGUUGAGGUGAGCGUGAGCGCAGAGGAGACCACAUCUGCUGCGGAGCCGUGUUUUUUCUCCCAGGUGGACGGUAGCCUCGCGGGCGGCUCCUCUUUCGAUGUGGGGUACAGAUCUGUUUCUUUGGCCAGGCUGAUAUCGAGCAGGACCAGGACGUCCCUGAUGGCGGCCUUGCUUUUCGGGCUGCUCCUCUUCGCCGCGCAGUCCCCCACCAUCCCGUCCCGGCCCGCCGGCAAUGGCGUCCCCCCCACCGGGUCUCUGCCCCCGCUGGCGCUCGACGUUGCUGUGGCGCCCACGGCGGGGCCGAACGGCACCAGCCAGCGGCUUCCGGGCGUCAUCAUCAUCGGGGUGAGGAAGGGCGGCACCCGGGCCCUGAUCGAGAUGCUGAGCCUGCACAGCGACGUGGCGGCGGCCGAGAACGAGGUGCACUUCUUCGACUGGGAGAGCCACUUCGAGAAGGGCCUGGAGUGGUAUGUCAGGCAGAUGCCCUUCUCCCGGCCAGAGCAGUUGACUGUGGAGAAAACGCCUGCCUACUUCACCUCCAGCAAGGUCCCUGAGCGGAUCUACCGCAUGAACCCGGACAUCAAGCUCCUGGUCAUCCUCCGCGACCCCACGGAGCGGGUCCUGUCGGACUACACCCAGGUCUUCUACAACCGCGUACAGAAGCACAAGCAGUACCAGCCCAUCGAGGCGGUGCUGGUGAAGAACGGGGAGAUCAAUCUGGAGUACAAGGCCCUGACGCGGAGUCUGUACUACCUGCACAUGCAGAACUGGCUGCGGUUCUUCCCGCUGGAGAACAUCCACGUGGUGGACGGGGACCGGCUGAUCCGGGACCCCUUCCCCGAGAUGAAGCAAGUGGAGAGGUUCCUCAACCUCUCGCCGCAGAUCAACGCCUCCAACUUCUACUUCAACAAGACCAAGGGCUUUUACUGCCUGUGCGACCACGGCAGGGAGCGGUGCCUGCAUGACUCCAAAGGCCGGCCCCACCCCCAGGUGGAGCCCGCUAUCCUCCACAAGCUCUACCGCUUCUUCCACGAACCCAACAGGAAGUUCUUUGAACUCAUCGGGAGAAACUUUGACUGGAAUUGAUUCCGUUUCUUUCGUUCAUUUUUUUAAAUUGCUGUUAUUGUUUGACUUUUUCAGCGUGCAUCAAAACUGAGCCCCUGCAGUGCAAACCACAAGUAUUAGUAGACAGCUUAGAUUUUACAUGUAUAUUGUAAAAAAAAUUAUAACCGUUGUACAGU